AAGAAGUUGUGGUUUUAAAAAGGGGGUAAAGCGUAAAUUGCUAGUAACAUACACUGGCAGAAAUAACAUGGAGGAAGACAUAAACCGUUUCUUAACAGCUGUUAGGCAAGACUAAACUUUAUUCGGGGAUCCACAUUUCCCAAUGUUUUACAUUGUGCAUGCAGUAUUCAAAUCCGUCUGUCUUUCGACGAGUCAACGAAUUCGUCUUAAAAGGAACGAUUAUCGAUCCUUGGGGAAAAAAUAUGUGUUUAAAGAAAAAUAGUUAACUUCUCCCCUAAUUAGUUAAUAACUCCAUCAGCUAAAAUGAGGCUUGAAAAAACACGAUAAUCGACGUCAUCAAACUUAGAAAUGUAAAUGUGAAAAUUACCAGGCACUUCAAGGAUUACAACCUCACAUCAGCUGUUUAUCUCGGGUCUUUUUUACAGUUUCGUUGGAGUAAGACACUUUUUUUCAUUACUCGAUGGCAACCUGGUUCUGGAUUCUUGGCUGGAUUCUUUCGAUCUUGACCAUAAUCGGAAAUGGAUUCAUCAUCGUUCUUAUUUACAGCAGAAGGCGGCUUCGAACCAAAACCAACGCGUUUGUCGUUUCACUUGCUGUAGCGGAUUUCUGUGUCGGAUUGAUUGCUGUUCCUUCACUUUUUGUCUGCGAGAAGACAAGUGGGUGUGAUCCUGAAGCUCCUUUGGCCAACAGAGUAGAUUAUCUGAGGUGGCUCUUUGGGUAUGCGUCUGUGACAAACUUGUGUAGUUUGGUUGUUGAUCGCUACGUUGCUGUUGUAAGGCCGUUGAAUUACAUAACGAUAAUGAAGCGCCGCUUAGUUUCCCACAUGAUUCUUAUUUCUUGGGCGAGUUCCAUUGUUAUCCUUAUUCCCUUUGUACUGAAUUGGCUCGUUUUUAAUGACAACUAUUUCCUUUUCUCACUUAUUUCGUGGAUCUAUAUGAUUUUCUUCGAGUUUCUACCGUGUUGCGUGCUCGUCUUUUGCUUUGCGUCAAUGUCAUGUGUCGUUUACAAGCACGAAAGAGCUGCCCGUAUCUUGGCAAAACAGCUUCAUUUUAACCAUCACUUCCUGUACAAACGCGGGGAGAAGUCUGCUGUGAAAAUAAUGGCAGCUGUUAUUAGCGUAUUUCUUUUAGCUUAUUCAUGCUCUUUGCGAUGUACUGUUGUGUAUCUUCUCUAUACAGAGAAAACUGCAUGCGAUGAUCAAGAAUAUAAAUUACCUCUUCUUGUUUUAAACUCUGCCAUCAACCCUGUCGCCUACGCUCUGUUCAAGAGGGACAUAAACCAGGAGAUAAAACGUCGCAUUCGCCGUGUGAUCUUAAAAAAGUAAAACAGUUUUGCACCACUCUUUCAGUUCAUAUCCACUGAGAGCUCGGAAGCAUACUGAGGAUUGUGGGUUUUGGCUAUCACUCUACACUUAGUGAAGGAGGUGAAGGACGAUAGCAAUAAUUAUCGAGAGCGAGCAAGGGCUGAAACAAAGAUUUUUUUUAA